AUGUCGCGUUGGGACGACCUCGCUGACGACCAUCCACGGGUGGUAGAGAUCUUCUCGAUACGCAAGUAUUUGCCGCCCUUGAAUUUUAUCACCAUCCACUAUGCCUACUUCAUCGUCGUGUGUCUCAUUAGCUCCGUCAUUUUCUGGCGGUCGUCGGACCCUGCCUUCAGCGUUAGCUACACUGAUAGUCUGUUCAUCGUGGUGUCUGCCAUGACCGAGGCCGGGUUGAACACGGUCAACCUCAGUACGUUGACGACCUGGCAGCAGACGAUGCUCUUCCUCCUCAUCAUGCUGGGCAGCACGAUCUGGGUUUCCAUUUGGACCGUCUUGGCGCGUAAACACGUCUUCGAGAAGCGGUUUGAGAGUAUCGUACAUGCCGAGCGCGCCCGCAGCCUUAACCGACGUGGCAGCAGCACGUCGCUGACCCUGCCAAAGCUGCGGAAAUCCAUCUCAUUCCGCAAAGCCAAGACAGUCCCAGUGCCCGACAAGAAUUUGCCGACGACAGGGAGUGGAGCAUUAGAAAACAACUUCUCGACGUCAGAUCCUCAUGUGGAUAGGUCCCAGGUUGACACGGUGGUGCCAAGAGCUCGGCGCGCGUCGUCUUUGCCCGAUCUAGACCUCGGGGAGCUACCCAAGACUCCGACUGAGCGGAACAGUCCUGGCGGACACAUUGCCUUCGUCGACACUCCGCGCCCUCAGGAAGGCAGGAAUGCUACAUCGACCGGUAUUUCCUACUUCAACGAGAUCCGUCCUGCGUGGAGAAAUGGCCCGGGCAAGGCGGCGGACCAAGACAGGGUUGAUCUAACUGUGCAGCAUUUCCUCAGGAGUCGCGCCUCUAGCCACAACGGCCAGUUUCAUAGCCUCACUAGCGAGGAGCGUGAGCAUCUUGGCGGGUACGAGUACCGUGCCCUGAAAGUACUUGCAGUUGUUGUUCCUGUCUACUUCUUCCUGUGGCAGUUCCUAGGAUGCGUCGCGCUGGGAGCAUGGAUGAACCACAACAUGCCAGACACUGCAAAAGCGAACGGCAUCAACCCGUGGUGGCUCGGUGUCUUCAAUGGCGUCUCAGCCUUCAACAACUCGGGCAUGUCGCUCCUGGAUGCAAAUAUGAUCCCUUUUCAGAACGCCUACUUCGUCCUCAUCACAAUGGGGUUGAUGAUUCUAGCCGGCAAUACCGCAUACCCUCUAUUCCUCCGUCUAAUUAUAUGGACGGGCCUCAAACUCUUGAAAGCAAUGACCGCAGAGGAUGCCUAUGUCGACGUCAAGGCCACGCUCGAGUUUAUUCUGAAGUACCCUCGCCGAGUCUAUACAAACCUAUUCCCGUCUCGUCCCACCUGGUGGCUUUUCUUCAUGCUUAUAUGGUUAAACUCCGUUGACUGGGUUUCCUUCGAGCUCCUUAAUCUCGGAAACCCAGUUAUCAAGAAUAUUCCUACAGGGCCUCGCAUUCUUGACGGUCUGUUCCAAGCCCUCGCCGUCCGGUCUGGUGGUUUCUACGUCGUACCCAUCUCCCAGGUUUAUAUUGGCCUUCAGGUGUUGUAUGUUAUCAUGAUGUACAUCUCUGUUUACCCCGUAGUCAUCACGAUCCGCCACUCCAAUGUCUAUGAGGAGCGCUCGCUCGGUAUCUAUCAUGGCGACGAGUUUUCAGGGUCUGAUCCCGACCCUGAGCUCACUGCGCCGCUGCGGUCCAAUGAUGAUCGCAACUUCGAGUCCCACGCCCACGCCUCCAGCAGUGCCCGAUCAACGGGCCCACCUCUCAUCCGCCGGUUGAGCCGCUCCAGCGCGGCCGUCGAAAUCGGGCAAGCCUUACAGCGCACCUUCACGUGGAACGGUGUCGGCGUCCCGCCCAUAAAGCACAGCAACAAGAAAACCGACAAUGGUCCUGCAUCAGCCGGCCUGGACAGCAGCAGCAAUUCAAACAGCCGUAUCAGCUUCAUCAGCCAACAAAUCCACGGUCAGCUGGCCCAUGACAUCUGGUGGCUGGUCCUGGCAGUCCUGGUGAUCGCCACCAUAGAGACCUCGCAUUUCUUAGUAGACCCGGUGGCGUUUUCCGUGUUUAACAUUAUCUUCGAGGUUGUGUCUGCUUAUGACAUCGCGGGUUGCCGGUCGCAUUAG